CUGUCUUGUCCUCUCAGCCUCCUCACCGUCCCGUCCCCUUCAAUACCCCACAACCUGCACAGGGAAGACUUGCUGAGGGUCGCUCCGGUUUCUUGUCGACCGCAGAACCCGAAAGUUUGCAAGAGGAAGAGAGCGCUCGGCGGGCGAGCGAGCGAGCGGGCGAGGGGCAGCGACAGCGGUGCCGGGGACCAUGGUGCUGCCGGCGCCUCCUCCGCGGGCGUGAAGGCGGCGCUCCCACUCCCUCCCCGGACUCCGCGGUGUCCCAGAAGCUUUUGCUGACAAUUCCAGUUUCCGAACAAAACAUUUCGGCGAUGGUGAGGGCUUUGAUCCCUUCUCUGAUUUGUUUUCAACCAUGCACGGCUGGAUGUGAUGCCUGCUAGUCGAAAGGUGUCUCUCUGUGUGUUGCAGUCCUGUGGCAUUAUGCAUGCCCCCUACCAGUGACCCCAGGCUUUUUAUGGCUGUGAGACACGUUAAAAGUUCCGGGGUGAGAAGUGACCUUUUGAGGUGACUAUAACUGAAGAUUGCUUUACAGAAGUCAAAAAAGGUUUUUGAGUCAUGAUGCAAGAAUCUGGGACUGAGACAAAAAGUAACGGUUCAGCCAUCCAGAAUGGGUCGAGCGGAGGCAGCCACUUGUUAGAGUGCGGCAGUCUUCGGGAGGGGCGGUCCAACGGGGAGACGCCAGCCGUGGACAUCGGGGCGGCUGACCUCGCCCACGUCCAGCAGCAGCAGCAGCAGGCACUUCAGGUGGCAAGACAGCUCCUUCUUCAGCAGCAACAGCAGCAGCAAGUUAGUGGAUUAAAAUCUCCCAAGAGGAAUGACAAACAACCAGCUCUCCAGGUUCCCGUGUCAGUGGCUAUGAUGACACCUCAAGUUAUCACUCCCCAGCAAAUGCAGCAGAUCCUCCAGCAACAAGUGCUGAGUCCUCAGCAGCUCCAGGUUCUCCUCCAACAGCAGCAAGCCCUCAUGCUUCAACAGCAGCAGCUUCAAGAGUUUUAUAAAAAACAACAGGAACAGUUGCAGCUUCAACUUUUACAACAACAACAUGCUGGAAAACAGCCUAAAGAGCAACAGCAGGUGGCUACCCAGCAGUUGGCUUUUCAGCAGCAGCUUUUACAGAUGCAGCAGUUACAGCAGCAGCACCUCCUGUCUUUGCAGCGCCAAGGCCUUCUAACCAUUCAGCCUGGGCAGCCUGCCCUUCCUCUUCAACCUCUUGCUCAAGGCAUGAUUCCAACAGAACUGCAGCAGCUCUGGAAAGAAGUGACAAGUGCUCAUACUGCAGAAGAAACCACAGGCAACAAUCACAGCAGUUUGGAUCUGACCACGACAUGUGUCUCUUCCUCUGCCCCUUCCAAGACCUCCUUAAUAAUGAACCCACAUGCCUCUACCAACGGACAGCUCUCAGUCCACACUCCCAAAAGGGAAAGUUUGUCGCAUGAGGAGCACCCCCAUAGCCAUCCUCUCUAUGGUCACGGCGUAUGCAAGUGGCCAGGCUGUGAAGCAGUGUGCGAAGAUUUCCAAUCAUUUCUAAAACAUCUCAACAGUGAGCAUGCGCUGGACGAUAGAAGUACAGCUCAAUGUAGAGUACAAAUGCAGGUUGUUCAGCAGUUAGAGCUACAGCUUGCAAAAGACAAAGAGCGCCUGCAAGCCAUGAUGACCCAUCUGCAUGUGAAAUCUACAGAACCCAAAGCCGCCCCUCAGCCCCUGAAUCUGGUAUCAAGUGUCACUCUCUCCAAGUCUGCAUCGGAGGCUUCUCCACAGAGCUUACCUCAUACUCCAACGACCCCAACUGCGCCCCUGACUCCCGUCACCCAAGGCCCCUCUGUCAUCACCACCACCAGCAUGCACACGGUGGGACCCAUCCGCAGGCGGUACUCAGACAAAUACAAUGUGCCCAUUUCUUCAGCAGAUAUUGCGCAGAACCAAGAAUUUUAUAAGAACGCAGAAGUUAGACCACCAUUUACAUAUGCAUCUUUAAUUAGGCAGGCCAUUCUCGAAUCUCCAGAAAAGCAGCUAACACUAAAUGAAAUCUAUAACUGGUUCACACGAAUGUUUGCUUACUUCCGACGCAAUGCAGCCACGUGGAAGGGUGCCAUUCGCACCAACCUCUCACUGCAUAAGUGCUUUAUCAGAGUAGAGGAUGAGUUUGGGUCCUUUUGGACAGUUGAUGAUGAAGAGUUUAAACGUGGCCGCCAUAUUCAACGAGGCCGUCCUCGCAAAUACUGCCCCGAUGAAAACUUUGACGAGCUUGUCGCACAUAACCCUUCCCUUAUUAAAAACAUGCAGAGCAGCCACGCCUACUGCACACCUCUCAAUGCAGCUUUGCAGGCUUCGAUUGCUGAGAAUAGUAUACCUCUAUACACUACCGCUUCCAUGGGAAAUCCCACUCUGGGCAACCUAGCCAGCGCAAUACGGGAAGAACUGAAUGGGGCAAUGGAGCAUACCAACAGCAACGAGAGUGACAGCAGUCCAGGCAGAUCCCCUAUGCAAGCCGUACAUCCUGUACACGUCAAAGAAGAGCCCCUCGAUCCAGAGGAAGCUGAAGGGCCUCUGUCUUUAGUGACAACAGCCAACCACAGUCCAGAUUUUGACCAUGACAGAGAUUAUGAAGAUGAACCAGUAAAUGAGGACAUGGAGUGAAAGUCUGGGCAGGCCAACCCCAAGAAUGAAGAUUGGAAAAAGAAAAAAAAAAAAAAAAAAAAAAAACCACGUCAAAAGUUAGCAGUGAAAUUGUUCUCCAUUUGUUGUACAGUCUGGAGGAUUUUCACUACAUUUUGACAACUAUGAAAUGUGUUAACUCUUAGUGCCAUCGAGAAUCCCAUUUGGGAGUAUUUUUGAUUUUUCUACUUUUUGUUGAAAAAGGAAUUUGUACUCUGUGCAUUGGAUGGACUUGUUUGGUACUUGGGAUUUUCCUCUCCUUAACAGUCAACAUCAGUGUUGUAAAUUUGCUAAACUGAUUCACUUUUAGCAGCAGACUUUGAACUGCAGUCCUGCCAACAUUGGACACUGAGGACACCCGACUGAGCUUGUGCACCUAAGCUGCAGACCAAGCCUUUGCCCAGAAUUUAAGGAUUCCAAUGGACGACCUAUUUGCACAGUACUGCAUGUUGAUUAUCACUGCCUUUACUCCUUUAUUAUUUUUUUUUUUUUUUAUUUUUUGCUUCCAGUUGGGAUGGGGAAGGCCUUUGUGUGUGUAUUGGGGGGAGGGGUCAAAAAAUAAUUAUCCCAAACUCUUUAAUGUAUUGCUUUUUUUUUUUUUUUUUUUUUUUUUUUUUUUUUUUUUGCUUCUACUAUACCAUUUUAAGUUCUGACCUCAGGCCUUCAUUUGGGCCCAUGGCCUCCUGGAGGCUUAAAGUUUUCUGUACCUUGUGAUGAAUGUUAAUAGGUGUUUUUAUUAUACAAAGCUGAAUGUCAUUUCUCGUUUGUAGCUUUCUGUCACUCAUUCCAUGUUCCUUCAGACAUCACCACGUUUCUCUAAAGUCAGAAAACAUUCCGUUUUGGUCUUUUUCAAAAAGGUCCCAAAUGCUGCACUCUACACAUGAAGGUCCUCUCACAUGGAUGUGACAUCCUGCCAGAAAGAGAAUGAAUGACAGAAAAAAAAAUAGAGACACACACUAGGAACAAUGCAGAUUCAUUCCACAAAGCAGUUCUGGGGGUGGUAAGGGGGUGGUUUGAGAUUGUCCUCUUUUUUUGGCAGCAACUAUGAUUCUUCAUUAUGCCACAGCCGACUACCAGCACAGGGAAACAUAGGCAGCACCGAAAAAAAUAAAUCUCUUAAUAAUUAGACAACAUGUAGACAGUAUGGCUGUGAAAGGCUCUCCCUUGUAUAGCCAAGUUGCAGUGAGCCAUGGGCUCUCUGUUACACGGGUUGCUUUGUUUGCAGAAUAGCCAAAGAAACUGGCUUCCCUGAGCAACUUUGCUGAAAAGUGGCAGCGGCAGCACUGAGUUUAUAACAGUUCAGACCUGCUUAGUGGCAUUAAUCUGUUUGAAUGCAAAUUAGAUUUCAGAUUGAACUUGUUAUAGGAGUUAAUGAGGACUGAGUUCAGCAAAUGCUAAAGCAUUCUUUUCAAAUGUGCAAAUUUGGUACUACAGUUUGUAAUGCAAUAUGAUCACAACAACCCAGUAUCAAAAACUAACAGAAUAUGACAUCAGGUAGGCUGGGGCUCUUCUCAGCCUUGAGCUUUUGGAAAACCAAACAGCAUGCAGAACAUGAUGGUUAUAGGUCAGUACAACCUCAGUCCUUAGAACCCCCCCAUCCCCCCCACUUCCACGCUGCACCCACUUUCCUGCCAUUUAUCUAGACUGUAGCUUUUUAGUUCUAGAGCCUUUCGGAGCUUAAUUUAUAUUCUUUGUACUUUUUUUUCUAAAAUUACCAAAGAUAUUACACAAAGGUAAAUUAUGUUCUGUUUUAUGCUUUAUCUGAUGAAGCCAAAUAUCCUCUUAUUGUUGAUCAAAGGAGGCGAAAGAAUUUAGAGGCAAACGAUGAGCUGUAGGCUAUUGCUAACCUGAGAAAGAGAACUGCUCCUUCAUCAUAGAGUAAAUUUAGAAGACCGAGUAGGUAAUGGAACCAAAGUUGUUACUUUUUUCUAGUUGUCUUUUUCUUUUUUCUUUCUAUACCUCUUCGGAGACCAAAACUCAUUCUUGUACAGAGAAAUUAUGGGGCUACUGAAGAUAAAAAUAAGACACGGUAUUAAAGGAGCUACAGAAGGGAGUCCCAUCUCAAAGAAAAAAAAAGUAAUGUAUGAGGCCGCUGAAAAUUAGGGUUUCCAGUAAAGGAGAUGGUUACGAUUCAGAGAGAACAGAAAAGUUUCCACAAUUGAACAAGACCACAUGAUAGUAUAUCUAGAAUUAAAAAAAUUUUUUUAGAAAGAUCGUAUGCCACUUUUGUUUAAGGACUGUGCUAUGACCACUGCGUUAAUUUUGGUUGAUUUUGGCAUAUAUCCUCCAGUGGGGUUUUUUGUUUGUUGGUUUGUUUUUUAAAUUUUUUUCCUUUUUACUUUUUUCUAAUUAGGCUUUGGUCAGCAUUUUUCAUUUAAAAAAAAAAAAAAGUAACACUCCCGUCCACUCAUAAGCUUGGUACAAAAACUUCUUUGGCAGUUACUUUUGAAGCUUCACUCUGCUUUCUGUAUAAAGGGCAGUCUGUGGUCACUCAAGACUUUUUUUUUUUAAAACUUUUCCAGGCAGCUUCAUGAUGUGCAGGCAGUAGCCAGACAGGGUCAUGGGAAGGGGGCCCUGUGCUUCUAAACUGAGUGGUUGCUGGUUAGUUUGGUAUUCAAAAGAGGAUAAAAAUCUGGUAGAUUAGUUCAUUCUCAGCAUGUGUAGCUAGACAUGAGUAAAGAUAACAGCAUGAGAAACUGUUAGUACGCAUACCUCAGUUCAAACCUUUAGGGAAUGAUUAAAAUUAAAAAAAAAAUACAUUUCACUCAGUUGCACUUAGUCGUAUGUCUUGCAUGCUUAGUCUAAAGACUGUAGCAAAAAAAGAAAAAGAAAAAUUAGAUUUUACAUAUCUUUGCAGGUAUCAAACCUCGCAGAAGAACCAACUGAAAAAAAAAAAUUCUCAGGCUUUACAGCAAGCAAACUUCACUAUGAUUUUUACAAUUCUGGUUCUGUAUCCCUUGGGGGUAUUCCAGUCGCUUCUUUAGGAUGGGGUUUAUUAUGUUGUACAUAUAUCCUGAUGUGUCUGUGUGAAUCUUUGUCUUUUUUGGGGGAGGGCAGAGGGCAGUUCUUUUUUUAGAUAUUGUUCCUAAAAAGGAAUAAAUGCAUACACCUGUUUGUCAAAACACCUUUGCUUUUUGUGCAACUGCUUUAUAUUAAUGAUACUAAAAAAAAAUAGCUUUGAAAAAAACUACUGUAUGUAAUGGAAUUGCAGAAUAUGCUGCACAUGUAUUUUAUUUAGUUAUCUUUGCUUUAAGAAUAUUGGAUGAGAUUUCCUGACAUGUGGGAGGGAGAAACUCCCUUUUUUUUUUUUUUUGCCUUUUAAAUUGUAACAUAGUUGACAGAUUUUUUUUUUUUUCUGUUCUCAUUGAUUGGAGCAUUUUGUACAGGUUUUUUUGUGUGCGUGCGUGCGCGUGUGUGUUAAUCUGUUUUUUGAUACAUUCCUAUCCCUUGUGUUUAUCCUACCACUGCCUUCCUGGCUAUCUUAAACAAGUUCAUACAUUUGAAAAGAGAAAAAAAAAAUGUUGUUUAAAAAAUGUUUUCUCCUGCUGCAGUAAAUAUUUUGCAUGAUGAAAUUCCAGGGUCACACUUUCAAAGUUUAUCAGUGAAGUAGUGAUUAAUAAUGGGGGGGUGUCAAAACUAUUGAACUUUUGUACAAAAAAGAAAAAAAGAAAAAAAAAACUUUGCAAGGUGCCAAGAUGUAAAGAAAAUUUGUUACUUUUUUUUUUUCCCCCUCAAAGAAAAGUACGUUAGGGAGGUAGCCCCCUGUGUCAGACAAAUGCACUCACUGUCUGUCAGGAAUGAGGAUCCAUCCUACUUGUCCCUAGAGCCUGUCCCCGUAAGAUGAGUUAAGCUGCCACAUUGGACCAGCAGUGAAAUGAAAUUUCAAGGCUUAUGUACGAGAACGACCACCUGUUCCCACCACCUCUGGGCAGCUCUAACAUUAUUUCUAGCAUCCUAGUAAAGACAACCUUGGAGUCUUAACCCAAAAUAUGAUGUAAAUCAAUAAUUAGGGCUUUUUUAUAAAAAAAAAAAGUUACAAAAUAUUUCCUCUCCUUUCCACAUUCCAGCUGAGCUCCUGUUUCCAAGGGCACAAAGAAGAAUGUGCUUAGCAGGAUCUUGAAUCUUUCUGGUACCUUUUGGAUAAUGACAUACCCUCCUGAUAUUUUUGGAUGUUCUGAAAGUUGGUUUCACUUUUUAAUCCUGAGAAUCAGAUUUAUAUUCCUAAAGGCAAUUCAUGGGCCCCGUGUAGCUCAGGCAGUCUCUGCUGCCCAUAAGCCUUGACAAAGAUGGUACAGUCUGGACUGUGAGCAUGGUGCUUCGUGUAUUUGUGCUGCCGGUAACAAGAGUUUUUUGUUUUGUUUUGUUUUGAUAAGGCAUAAAAGAAACUCAUUCCUUGACAUCAACUGUAAUUCCAUCAUUCCAUGUCUGUGGAUACAGACAAUAAAAAAAAUGUUGUGUAGUCAGUACUAAUUACUGACAUUAUAGCAUUCUCAAAUGCAAUAAAAAUGCUGGUUGUUCACACUGGUAGUAAAA